AUGCCGCCCAGAAUACCACUUCUUUCCGCACUGCGGCAGCAGGCCUCUGCCUUUGUCAAGGCACCAUGCGCUCCCCUCUCCAGCACCGCAUCCUCCCAAGCCAUCCGCACCGACAGCGCCACCGCCUCCCUGCUCAACAUCGACAGCCCCUCCCCCUCAUCCUCCGGCAAACCCUCCCCCAACAACUCGGACCCGACGCGCGCCGCCAGCGACAUCUACAAGAGCAUCGGCAACAACCGGGGCAGCGGCCCCCGAGGCACGCCCGAGUCGCGGCAGCGUCUGGAGCAGGACCUGCGCGCCAAGAACCAGACGGAGGACUACGCGCGCCAGAUGACGCGGCGGUGGCGCGUCGGCGACGUCUACGCGCCGCACGACAUCUCGCCCUCCGAGAUGGGCAAGUGGCGCCGCAACCAGGCCCGCAAGCAAGACCUCGUCGACAUGCUGGGGCUGUCGCCGCUGGAUAUGUAUAGGAACUUCUCCGUCAUCUCCGAGUUCAUGACACCGCACGGCAGGAUAAAGCGAUCAGUGGACACGGGACUGCGACCCCCGAACCAGAGGAAGAUGGCAAAGGCGAUCCGGAGGGCCAUCGGGCUGGGCAUCCACCCCAGUGUGCACAAACAUCCGGAACUGCUGAUGAGGGAGGCGGACCGGACCUACCAACAGAACCAGGCCACAACCAACAAAGCAUUGAAGUGGUCGUAA